AUGGCAAAAAUAAUAGAUAAUUACAUAUUAAUAGAAGGAAUAGGACAAGGAACAUUUGGCGAAAUACACAAAGGCAGAAAUUUGAUAUCUAAAGAAGCUGUGGCUGUGAAAACAAUUAAGUUGGACAGAUUUUUAAAUGAUUCAAUAUUGAAGGAUAUGAUAAUUAACGAAAUCUAAGCAUUGAAAAAAUUAGAGGAUUAACAUAUCGUACGAAUGAUCAAAAUGCUAAAAUCAGCGAACAACAUUUAUUUAGUUUAUGAACACUUAAAUGGGGGAUCGUUAGCAAAUUAUUUAUACGAAAAAGGUCGUCUAACAGAAUAAGAGGGAAGAUAAAUUAUGUCCAAUGUAUUUAAAGGAUUCAAGACCUUAAAUCAUGAAAAAAUCAUUCAUAGAAAUAUCAAUCCAAACAACCUAUUUUUUAAUGAUGGGUCCCCUGCAAGUUAGAAAUUAUUCGAUCCUGAAAACUUCAUAUACUCUGCCCCUGAAAUCCUAUUAAAGACACAAUAACCAUAAUAUGAAGACAAAUGCGAUAUAUUCUCUUUGGGAUUGGUGUUUUAUAAGAUGUUUUUUGGAUAAUUGCCUUUCCCAGAAAAUCUAACUUAGGAUCAACUAAUCGAUUUGUAUAAAAAUUAAUAAUUCAAUCCAAUUGUUGAAGAUUUAUCUGAGAACACUGCCUAUCUUUUAAAUGGAAUGCUAUAAAUUGAUUAAGCAAGAAGAAUAGAAUGGCAAACAUUGUUUCAUGAAGAUCAAGUACCUACUAUGUCAGGCUUAGUAAAUUCCACAAAUACAAAUUUCGCUUCUAAUUAUUAAAUUAAUUCUCAGGUAUAACAAUUUGAGACUGGAGGAUAAAACUUUUAUAUUUCUCAGCAAUCUUUAUAAAAUCAUAUUACAACCAGUCCAAAUGAAUUAGUUAAAAGAAAAACUAAUGUUUCUGAUAAGGAAAAUAUCAAAGCUAACAAAGAAAAUGAUUCUGCAUAAAUCUUUGCUAAAACAACAGAAAAAGAACAAAGUAUAUCGUAAUAAUAAUCCCAACAAUAAGUCUUAUAAAUUUAAUAGACUAAUAAUAACAAUAGUUCAUAGCCUAGUGUUGUUAAAUAAAUUCAACAUUAACUAAGCGAAUUAAGACACAAGUUCAACAUUAUUAUUUAAGGAACUUGUAAGAUUGAAUAAUUAGAAAAUUGGUCAGCUAAGAUAAAAACUGAAAUUUGCAUGAUAUUCUUAUUAAAAAAAGCAAUUAAAUGCAUUAAUGAAAUGUUAGACAUAUGCUAGAAUACUGAUAGAUAAUGGGGAAUUUCUAAAAAUAGAUCAGAAAUAAUCAAGAUUUUAUAAAAAGAUUAUGAUGAUUUGAUUUCAAAUUACAAACAUGUUAAAUAAAUGAACACCUGUCCUCAUGAAGAAUUGAAUACUCACGAAAUGAUAGAUGAACAAUAUGUGGACAAUGUAUUAAUUAUGAUAGCAAAAUAAAUUGCUAUGGAUUUGGGAUAAAUUCGAUCUAGCAUGAGAAGUAAUUCUUAAAUUAAAAGCAGUUCAUUUAAUUAUGAAUAAACUAGUUAGAGAAAUGGUAGCUUUAUUGAAUCAAAAUAAAGUACUUCAAACUAAUACAUAUUUGCAAUCUUUUUAAUAGAUUUAGUUAAAGGAAUGAAUUUUGAAGACUAAAAACCAUAUUUUAAAAAGUUGGAAGAAUCAAAAUUACCUGAGUUAUUAGACUUCAAACUCAAAUCUAUUUGA